AUGAAGGAUAUCUCUAAGUGUUUCCUGAUGGGCAGGACACUUAGAGAGAUGCAUAUAUAUAGAAGGCUCCCUCCUAGAUCCGAAAUACACAACACAGCUAAACAGAAAUUCACCCAUCAGAGUUAUAGCUAUAAGGAUCGGAUUCUCAGGAGAAGAACUUCUAUACCUUGCGCUGCAAAUCUGUUCCAGCAUCAUCCAAUCUGCGCCAGCACCAUGUCAGACUCAGUCAAUCAUAACUCCAUUCGAACUCUCACUGGCUCAAAUUAUAAGAAAUGGAGAGAAGAUGUGGAAAUUGCUCUUGGACUUCUGGAUUAUGAGAUGGUUCUUACUGAUGAAGCUCUAUCAGUACCUGCGAAUGAUGCAUCUGCUGAGACUAAGGCUAAAUAUGCAAAGUGGAUUAAGGCCAACAAAAUGGCAAUUCUGAUCAUGAGGAGGUCUAUUUCAGAAGAGGUCAGAGGCAGUAUUAUUGAAACUGAGAGUGCUAAGCUAUUCAUGGAAGCUAUUGCAGAAAACUUCCAAGGCUCCAAGAAAGCUGAAAUUGGCACACUCAUGAGCCAGCUGACAGAUAUGAAAUACAAUGGAGAAGGCUGCAUAAGAACUCAUAUUCUGAACAUGGUUGAGAUAGGAAACAAGUUGAAGGCUCUAAAAGUCAAUGUGGAUGAAACCAUGAUGGAAGAACAAAGUAUAAGAAAGGACAAAGGCAAAGAUCAAGUGUGUUUUGUGCAGGAUACUAAGUUUAAACAAAAGGAAUGGACCAAAAACAAGAACACAGAUAAGCAGCAAAAGAAAGAUGAGUCUGUAAAGGGCACGGGUCCAGUAGGUUUGAAGUGUUUCUUCUGCAAGAAAUUUGGACAUUUAAAUAGAGAUUGCAGAAGAUACAAGCGCUGGUUGGACAAACAAAAGGGAAAAGGUAAGCAUCAAAUUUCCAAAACUAAAGAGGCUUAA